CUAGAUUUCUUAUUCAAUAAAAAAACAGAAUUCAUCAAAUAUGUAUUAAUACAUAAUACGUACCGAUAUUGCAGACGAAUUUCUGCUCAUCCAAAAAUGCCACUCCAGGUCCAGUGGACGCUUGGAAUUUCCGAAAACGAAUUUUUUUUCUUCUUCUCUCGUUUCUCUUAUCCAUGGAGGCAAUGGAUUUCAUUGCAUUCAUGCACCUCCUCAUACCCAUGCAUUGCGGUAAAGUGUCUUCUCUGUUUUUGCUCCUCCAUCCUCUGCUCCCUCCACAUGUUCGACAAAAUGCCUGACUGAACCCUCUUCACCUGUCUCCCUCAUGGCGUCCAUUCAGGGCCGGGGCCUCACUGUUUUCCCUCACUUGUUCUAACCAUGUGGUUUGUUUUGCUUUCUCUCUUCCCUUGUUCAAUCCAUCAACUUAAAAACUCACACCCAGUUUAUCCUUUAAAAGUCAUUUAAUGCCUUCAAACUGAGAAUGAUGGUGUUAUCAGUUGUGUUAGACAGAGCAAUAUGUUCUGAGUGACUGAUUAAUGUGAAUUAUUGUGGAUUUCGUUAAACUUUUUUCCCUUGGUUCUUUUUCUCUCAGUCAUUAUCUCUGCCGCAUGCCCCGCCCUCUGUCUGCUGCUGCUGCAUUAGAAUGUAAACACUGCCAAUUCAAUCUAGGCUAUGGGAGUAGCAAUGUUUUCUCAUUGUACGCCUAGAUUCAUGGCUAUAAUCAUUAACAAAACCCCCCAUUUUAAAAGGGGUGGCCAGUCACUUUUUAUCUACAUCCAUUCCUCUCGAUGGAUGGAGACAAAACAUGGGUCGGGAAUAUUUAGCUUUGAAAUAAGCUGAUUCUCUUCCUCCCCCACAUGAUUAGUCAUAUGAUUAAUCUUAAAUUAUGUAGGGGGUUUAGGCCUAGAUGGUGAGACCCCAAUUAUUGGGGAGGCAGGGCGGCAUUGGUAUCAUUAUGGACCUGCAACUAUGCCAACAUGUCCAAUAUUAUAUUACUGUUUAUUGUUGUCAGAGGUUGAUGUUGCCCAAUCGGUGGAGCAUAUGAUUAAAAAAUUUGACUUAGAUGCUCAGAGUGUAGGCUGAAACUGUUACAGGAGAAUCAGAGAGAGAGAGCUGAGGCUAUGUUCGCAAGGCUGUGAUUUUGACAUGCAUGCACAGAGACAUUCAAUUUACAAACCAAAGAUGGCGAUCUCGUCAAUAUUCACCGGUGCCCACCAGCCCAUUAGGUCUGUUAGCCUGCCAACGAGGGUGGAGCUCGAGCCAGAACCAUUGCUGCAAAGUCUGAAAUCCUUUCAAGUUUCGUCUUUCAAUGCCAAAGUGGCUACAUUCAGGCUCGAGGCGAUUCAAGCUGCCUUGGUUGGGCUGGCAGAGUUGUACAACUCUGUUGGAGAGCUUUUUCAGUCCUCUUCCACACAGCAGGCUCUUGUUCACUAUAAGGAGGGGAAGCUUGUGGAAGAGGCUUUAAAUGAGUCCGUUGUAUUGAUAGACUCUUGCAGCUCUGCCAGGGACGUAAUCCUUAUGAUGAAACAAAGUAUACAAGUCCUUCAGUCAGCUUUACGUCGGAAGGGUGCAGAUUCAAGCAUCGAAAGCCAUGUUCGUGCGUACUUCAGCUUCCGAAGGAAGGCAAGGAAAGACAUUGGAAGCUGCCUCGGCGCACUGAAACGAAUGGAGAAUGAUAGAGCAAGCUUCCCUAUAUUGGAUCUACCAAAUCAUGAUUUGUUGCCUCUGAUCAGACUGUUGAGAGAAGCAAGAACCAUCAGCAUUUCCAUCUUUAGCGAGCUUUUGGCACUCCUAUCGGCACCCGUGGCAAAGGUGAGGGCUAGCGGGUGGUCGUUGGUCUCACAGUUGAUGCCAACAAUCAGGUCAGGAUCAGGGAAGGGACAGAAGAUGGAAAACGAGUUGGAGAGCGUGGAUGUCGCUCUUCGUUCGCUCCUUGGCCACACGAGAGGCAACAGCGGCAGUGGUAACAAAGCUGAAGUUCAAAUGGCACAGAGAAGGCUUGGAACAUUAGCUGCAAGUUUUGAAGGAAUUGAGGGUGGAUUGGAUUGCAUGUUCAGAUGUUUGGUUAAACAUAGAGUGUGUUUUCUCAACAUGUUAGCUCAUUGAACAACUAAUUAAAGACAUUCAAAAGUCUUGUACAUUUUUGUCACUUUGUA